AUGGCCCAUGCAAACUUUGAGUCUCCUUCACCCAAGUCGGCCAGCAGUGUCAAGAGAGGUUUGAGUCCAGAAGACCAACAAGACCACAAUCCGCCCAAAAGACUACAGAGCACCGGAGCCAACGACAGUGACAACGAGCGAAGUUCUAAUGGCGACUAUAUAAGCGGCGACAAGAAAUCACCCACUCCGAUCAACGAAUAUAACUCACCCGAGCCACGACAGCCUUCUGCAUCGGCGAAAACACUCCCUGGCUUCGAGGCCAGCCACCAUCCGAGGUACAGCGAGAGCAACGUGCCACCCCUAGGACGCAUUGGCGAUACCAUUGUCGACACCAUCGAAGGCGACCUGAAUGAAAUCAGUUCCGAAUAUCUCGAGCCUACUACAGAUGGGCAUCAUACCUCUUCUACACCUCCAACACAAAGAUCCCGGGAAUUGACCGUAGAGGACAACAAAAACGCCUCUACCUUGCCCUAUGCGGCUUCAUUUCCCUCGCCCUUGCUGAGUCAGCUUUAG